CCUAAUAAACCCGGAAGUUAAUGAUUUGUUUUGCUGCUUCACCGUCACCCCGAUCUCCCACCUGCGGGAGAAAGGGUUGUGAGAAAAAUAAGACAACAUGGCAGACCGAUCUGCGUUAUCACUCUUUAAGAAAGCUGAUGCAGAAGGAUUUCUUGAAAAGUAUAGUUCAGGAAUCACAUCGCGAUUUUUAGGAAGCACGCGAAUUUGGUGCGAGUUGCAUGGCAGCAGUUUGUUUAUCUUCAAAGAUAAUAAGGUGUCAAAGAUGAAGAAAAGAAGGACAUCGGCACUCCAACAAAUUGACAUGAGUAUUACUCAGAGUGUACGUAAAGCAUCAGGAGACAAAAGUGGCACUCACUUUGAGAUCAUGUUUAAGAAUAAGUGGCAUGGUUUUGCUGCUCCAAAUGCUGAGGAAUGUAAUAACUGGAUUAAGACACUGCAGCAGGCAAUGAUGCUAAAAGAUCAGCAGCAACAUGAUCAACAACAGGAUACCCUUCAAACAGGUCCAGAUACUAGUGCUGUCAAUGUUUGUGACUAUGAGACCAUUGAAGCUCAAGAUUCAACUCCGCUUGCCCCAGUUCAGAUGCGGAAGAGCACAACCUCAGAGACUGGAUACACAGACAUAGGAAGCCUUCAAAAGAGUUUAUUGACACCACACUCUAAUCCAGCAGAAUUGUCUAGCAUGGACCAGGAGUUAGACAAUGAGGAAGAAGUUCAUCAGCAUGAGGAGGAGCAGUGUGUUCAAGAAAAAAGUACAAAUGUAAUCCAUCAGAAUAAAGAAGAGCAGAAGAAGUCAGACAGGGAGAUAAAUACUUGUCAGCAAGGUGAGAAAGAAAGUAUUUAUGACAGAAUUGAUGAAGAAAUUAGCAUUGACCAGAAAGGAGCAGUGAAGAAGGAGAAGCACUGGCCAUCUGAAAUCAACAAAGAAACUGACAACCAAGACUACAGGGCUGAAAACUACCCUUAUGCUGCCACUUCUGAAAUAUCAGAAAAUCUCAUCCAACUGGUGAAAGUGGAAGAAUGUAAGAAAUAUCAAAGUGCAGAAGUUUGUGAGCAAGAAAGUGAAGAAUAUGGAUAUAGUACCAUUGGUGAAAAGUUAGCAAGUGGCAGUCAUCAGAGAGAAGCAAAAGAAAGCAAAAGAUCAGAAGGCAAUAUUUUUGAGUUGUACGGUGAAGAACAUGGAAAUGACAUGGGUGGAGAAAAGUCAAGAUAUACUUUGCAAGCAGAAGCAGAAAAUAUUGAAGCAAACUGUGUAGACUGCAAAGACAUAACGAGAACUGAGGCAGAUGGGAUUGAAGACAGCUCAGAUCAAUAUGCCAGUAUAGGUGCCUUUGCUCCAAAUCCUGUAAACUCUUCUGGUGCUGCUUCGGAUCUCCUCAUCACAAUCACCGACUUUACAUCCGACUCUGAUGGGUCAAGGACACCAGGAGAUGGUGCAGAUUCUGGUGAUGACCUUGAUGCUGAUGAUCUGUUCAAGAGAGUGUCUUCGCAGCCAAGGCCUAUACCUAAUCUUCCUCACCCUUUAACCCAGGAAGAUAUGGCACCACUUAAGGAGUUGCAAGAGUUCCUUUCCAACAAUCGUCAUGUGUGUCGACCUUCAAAUUAUGAUGUGAUUGUUACUACUGAUCCUGUUGUUGACAUGAAAAAUUUAUUACAAGAGCUAUCUCGCACAUGAAAGAGCACAUACGAGCAUGCACAUAGAGUGGAAAAAAAAAAGGAAGAUAGAUAUUUUUGGUAUUUAUGCUUUUGCUUUGGUUUGCUCUUCCAUGCAAAUAUUCCUUAGACCACAUUUUGCUUUGAACUGAAGUUGGCCUUUGGAAUAAAUAUCCAAUUGUCAGAUUUAAUGUUUCUUAUUUAUUUACUUAUUUUUUAGCAGUUGAAUCUUUGACGUUAAAUCUAAAACCUUGUUGACUGCUGCAUUAUGAAACAUUCAUGCUUAUUUCUCCACUGCCACGACCCUUACCAAAUCUUCAACACCCUUUAACCUGAGAAUGCUGACAGAGACUUUGCAGCUGUAUAUUGGCAAAUUAUACUUAGAAGUUUACAUACAUAAUGUAAACAAAACUGUUUUAGUUUCAAGAACUUACAUUUUGUGAUUAUAGAUACCUUAAGAGAUUUAGAGGUUUGUCCAGAUUGUCAUUUAUUAACAUGCUUUUAUUUUCACUCAUUUGAAAAAUGUUGAGCCUUUAUUUAACUAUCACAUUUAAAAAAUAAUUUAUUUAUGUGACUUUCAUAGACUCUGCGCCAUAAACAUACAGGAAUUAUGAUAGUGGCAGAUUCUGUAAUGAGAAGCAGAUAGCCAAGUGGUUAGAGCACUGGCAUCUGAACUGAGAGGUGUGCAAGUUCGAUAUCUAUGAAGUGCAACAAGCUUCCCCCUGUUAAUCCAGCUGUCAGGAAUGGGUAUCUGACCAGAGACGGUUGAAGAAGGUAAGGCAGGGAGGAAAAGGAGAUGGGCACUGCCCUUAUGUAAAGCUGACCCUAAAGAAAGGGAGGUAACACCUCACUCCCCAAGAAACGUUAGGGAACAACCAUUAUCUAGAUCAGUGGUUCUUAACUUUUUUUGAUGUACCGAACCCACAAGUUUCAUAUGCACAUUCACCGAACCCUUCUUUAGUGUCAUCACUAAUUGCGGGUGUGUCUUGACCUCCGUGGCGGAGGCUCCGCUGAACCCCUGAGACCGACUCACCGAACCCCUAGGGUUAAGAACCACUGAUCUAGAUUCUUUGAGCGUAUAGACUGUAAGGUAUAAUCCUUUCCAAAAUCUGGAAAUCUGUAAUUUUUAUCACUUCAUUUUUUUUCUUCUUUAAACAUAAUUAUGUAUAUUCUAUAUAUUGUAUUGUUUAGGAAGAAUGCUGAAAUUUUGUUGUAGUCGUGUAAAAUAAUCUAUUGGAUUUGUCUGAAGUAAAAGUUCUUUUGAAUUGUAAUUUGUGUUGUUGACCUUUGAAGUGAUUGGCACAUUUACCACUAUCAACAUUUGUUACUUUAGCUGGACAGAGAAAUCCUAAAGACAUGAAGAAGUCUACCAAAUUCAGAACUGCUUUGGACAUAUUCAGAAACCUUUAUGGACUGCUUUCCAUGGUUAGCACCAAUAUUACAAAAAAAAAAAAAAAAGUGAAGUAUAUCUUCAGACUUUAUUAUGGUAUCAUAAAUUUCUUGUUGUCUUCAGCAGGGAAAAGAUAUUAAACUUUUUGAUAUUC